UAACUCGCACAUUGUCAACUGCCAAUUUCUCUCUAUAGAUUUCAAAUGCUCUGACUAUUCUAUAUAUAUACAUAUACGCAAUUAUAUACAUAUACAAGCAUGGCAAUGGAAGCGACCGAAUCUCUACAUAACGGGUCGUCAUCGGAGGUUCAGCACUACCAAUCUUCGCCUCCUCCAGGAAACGAGGAGAGGACAACUCAUCUUAGAUUCCUUUUAUCAAAUGCUGAAGCUGGCUCUAUUAUUGGAAAAGGUGGCUCCACUGUUAAUGAUUUCCAGUCACAAUCUGGAGCACGAAUCCAGUUGUCACGCAAUUUUGAGUAUUUUCCAGGAACAUCUGAUAGGAUUGUCAUGGUGUCCGGAACAGUUGGUGGCACACUGAAGGCAGUUGAUCUCAUUCUUACUAAAUUGCUGGAUGAGUUUUAUGUGGAAGAUGGCAUUGAUGUUGAGCCACAAUCCAAAAUUAGGCUGAUAGUGCCGAACAGCUCUUGCGGUGGAAUAAUUGGAAAGGGUGGAUUGAUCAUAAAGUCAUUGAUCGAGGACUCUCAAGCUGGCAUAAAGAUAUCACCGCAGGAUGAUUUUCGCCCUGGGUUGCAUGAUAGAUUAGUAACAGUGACUGGUACUUUAGGAGGGCAAAUGCGGGCAAUCGAGCUUAUCCUACUGAAAUUGGUAGAAGACCCAUAUUAUCAACAGUCUGCCAGUGCUCCAUUCGCUUACACAGCAGUGGCAUACAAUGGGAUAAACUAUGGACUAAAUGGAGUUGGAGGGAAGUAUCAGAACAAUCUGGCUCAGAACAAGGAAGACAGAAAUUGUUCUGUGACUAUUGGUGUUGCAGACGAGCGUAUAGGACUAGUUGUGGGCCGUGGUGGAAGGACUCUCAUGGAGAUCAGUCAGCUUAGUGGGGCUAGGAUAAAAAUAUCUGAUAGGGGUGAUUUCAUGGCUGGGACAUCAGAUAGGAAAGUUACAAUCACAGGGCCCCAAAGAGCCAUUCAUGUAGCCGAGUCCAUGAUAUCUCGGAAAGUUGCUUCAGUUUCUGAGAGAAAUUAGAAUUGCUCAAGAUUGUAUUGUGUAAAGGAAACAAGUUUCACUGGCUGCGUUGGUUCAUAGUUUAGCUAAUCCGUGAGCCAAUGAACUUCAUACUCAAAAGUGCUUCCCAAGCCAUAACCCGAGCCACCUCUCCCUUUCCCACCUCCACCCUUUCCAAAAUUACCACCCAUAUCGGCAACCACUCCCAGAUCUUUUCCCAGCCAUGCCAAGUCUUGAUCCACCUCCUCCUUUACCUCGAGCCACUUUUCCCUACCUGGCAAUGAAGACAAGUUUCAUGAACAACAAAACCAAGAAUCCAGCACCAAUCCCCUUGGAUUGAGCCACUUCCAAAUCUAACGUAGGAAAUAGCCAAAAAAGUAUAUUGACGAUGGCAUGUUUCGUGUGAAGAGAUACGGGAAUCCUCAUGACUUGUAUCGAAGGAUGUUGAGCAGUCUAAAUAUUCAUACGUCGCGAACAAGAACUUUUCCAAAGUUGCAAGUGCUUCUUUUACUAUAAUUUUGGAGGGAUUUUUGUGUGUGUGUGUGAUGUUGCUCUUAAGUGUUUGCAAGUUGUGAGUCUUACGAAAUAUGUGAAUAAUAAGUAGAAAUUAUGUUCUUACGAAAUAUUUAAAUAAAAAAUAUGUUUGACUUAAAUUAUAAUUUAAGCUUUGCCAAAUGAAGGUGCUAAUUGA